AUGCCUGCCGCCGGCUCUACCAACGGUCGCUCCAAUCGCGCUAGUACAAGCAAGGCCGUCGCCCCAAGUACCUUAAUGAUUACUUUGAAAGUGUCUCCAGACAGCCUAUAUCGCAUUAUACACGGUACAGACCGACCGUCCCCGGCACAACCCAAACCCGAGAAGAGUACCGAACGCUCCUCGCCGGCCUCCUCUGAAGCCCCCGUGGUUCGCCCUUCGUCUGCCGACAAUGGAUCCGAUGCCGAAGCUACCUCAACGCCAGCAGCUGGGGCAACCCCCGGCGACACCCCACGCCGGAAGGGAGUUCCGGGACCGAAGCCGGGCAACAAACGGACAAAUGGUCAAACAGAACCCGCGGCGCGUUCACGAGGCAGACCUGGACCCAAGAAGAAGCUUAAACUGGAAGAAGGAGGUGAUCCAAGUAAAUUGGGCCCCGGCCACCGUUUAGGACCCAAGGCGAAUACCGGCGCCAUCAACGCGGGACUUCGAGCCCUUGAUCGCACUGGUGCACCAUGUCGCAAAUGGGAUCGUCAACCUUUGAAGCUCCGCAGCUUCACCGGAGUCGCGUGGCAGCUACCCGCCUGGCACACAUUCAAGACCGCUCAGCUCGAAUCCGACGAGAACAAAGAAGCUGUCCUCGAGAGUGGCGACAGUGACGCCAAAGCUACUUUAGCUGCCACCGGCCUUGAGACUGCCAAUGGCAGCAGUGCCGUCCCCAGCGAGAAGAGUGCCGGCGAAGUUACUCCAGCCCCAUCUAAUCUAGUUGAGCCCUCUUCGCCAGCCAUUGCUAUGGCGGCAUGA